CAACAUUGCGUCCUCUUGUCUAUAAAAACACGACACGACUGCCACAGAAUAACCGUUCCUCAAACUCAUCCAACUACUUACAACCAACUCAAGAAACGCUUAAACAUGAAGGUGGCUAUUCUCGUCCUGGCGUUUGUUGCCCUCACAGCCAGUGUAGCUUACGCUGCUCCAACUGAAAAUGAAGAUGCUGAAAUUGAGGCAUUUCUGAAUAAACUGAUGGAGCAAGAAGAAACCUCCGAGCAAGACGACCAUGCUGCUCAAAUGGAGUCUUUCCUUGCCCAACUCCAAGAAGAUGAUGAUGACGGCGAGGAAGCAGCCCUUCAAGAGUUCUUUGCUCGAGAGCAGAUCCCAGCUCAGUUGCAAGGAUGGUUCAGAAAAGCAGUCAAAACAGUGGGGCGUGCAGCCAAGAGGUAUGGACCAAGAGUACUGAAGUACGGACUUAAGUACGGAAAGUACGCCCUACCCCUACUCGCUGGUCGUCGUUAAGCGUCACGCAAUCACUGUGGAAACCUACUGUCGAGAACUGAGAAACAGAUGUAGAAGUAGACUAGUGUAGAGAGUAUAUAGAGCUUAGAAAUGUUGAAAUCAGAAAUUGAAUUUGGAGUUACAAAUAAGAAAGUCAAUA